GAAGGGGUGGGAAUCUGAGGAGGAGACUAUAUUUUUAUUAUUAUUUUUAAUUUUUUAACAUUAUUUUCACCGUACAACGAGGACGCUCGGAAUUCACCGGCCUGACGGCUCCCGAGAGGGACCCGGGAAUUGUGCGGUCGCUUUUCUUCACCUGCUCUUUUUUGUUUUCUUUGUUUUGUUUUGUUUGUUUGUUUUGAUUGGGGGCUUUUUAUUUUUUAUUACUCUCCUUAUCCGUUUCCCGCUGAGCAGCGGCGGCGGCAGCAGCAGCAAUAUGGCUGGUGAUGGGUUUUUUGGGGGGCGCUGGCGGCGGGAGGAGCUCUCGGAAGCCCCUGCGCGCCCGGCUCGCUGUUAGCUAUGGCAAAUGGCAGCGGCGGCGGCUCCUACCCGGGCGGCAGCGGCGGCGGCGGCGGCAUUAGAAUGAGUAACAAUAUCAACGCCAACAAUCUCAACACAGACUCGUCCUCCUCCCCCGUCAAUGUGCCCAAGAUGGAUGCGCUCAUCAUCCCGGUGACCAUGGAGGUGCCCUGCGAUAGCCGCGGACAGCGCAUGUGGUGGGCUUUCCUCGCCUCAUCCAUGGUUACUUUCUUUGGGGGACUGUUUAUCAUCCUGCUGUGGAGGACCCUCAAGUACCUGUGGACUGUCUGCUGCCACUGCGGGGUGAAAAACAAGGAGGCCCAGAAGAUCAAUGGUGGUGGAGACACACAGGCAGAUGGAGCCUGCAAACCAACAGAUGAAAAAGAGGAGAAUGUGGCAGCAGAAGUGGGAUGGAUGACGUCUGUGAAGGAUUGGGCAGGAGUCAUGAUAUCUGCCCAGACAUUAACUGGCAGAGUACUUGUUGUCUUAGUCUUCGCUCUUAGUAUUGGUGCUCUUGUAAUAUACUUCAUAGAUUCAUCAAAGAGCCGUACAGCAGACUCAUUGAUCCCAAUAGAAUCCUGCCAGAAUUUCUACAAAGAUUUCACAUUACAGAUCGACAUGGCUUUCAAUGUGUUCUUCCUACUCUACUUCGGCUUGCGUUUUAUAGCAGCCAAUGACAAGCUAUGGUUUUGGCUAGAAGUUAACUCAGUGGUAGAUUUCUUCACGGUCCCUCCAGUGUUUGUGUCAGUAUAUUUAAACAGAAGUUGGCUUGGUUUAAGAUUUUUAAGAGCCCUUAGACUGAUACAGUUUUCAGAAAUUUUGCAGUUUCUGAAUAUACUUAAAACAAGUAAUUCCAUCAAGCUAGUGAAUCUGUGCUCUAUAUUUAUCAGCACGUGGCUGACAGCAGCUGGGUUCAUACAUUUGGUGGAGAACUCAGGGGAUCCAUGGGAAAACUUCCAAAAUAAUCAACCGCUAACAUACUGGGAAUGUGUUUAUUUACUGAUGGUUACAAUGUCCACUGUUGGUUAUGGAGAUGUUUAUGCAAAAACAACCCUUGGUCGCCUUUUCAUGGUCUUCUUCAUUCUUGGGGGAUUGGCCAUGUUUGCCAGCUACGUCCCUGAAAUCAUAGAGUUAAUAGGAAACCGCAAGAAAUAUGGUGGUUCCUAUAGUGCGGUUAGUGGAAGAAAGCACAUAGUUGUCUGUGGUCACAUAACACUUGAAAGCGUGUCCAACUUCCUGAAGGACUUCCUGCACAAGGAUAGGGAUGAUGUCAACGUAGAAAUCGUCUUUCUGCAUAAUAUCUCCCCUAACCUUGAGCUGGAAGCUCUUUUUAAACGACACUUCACUCAGGUGGAAUUUUAUCAGGGUUCAGUCCUUAAUCCCCAUGACCUGGCGAGAGUGAAGAUAGAGUCAGCAGAUGCGUGCCUAAUCCUUGCCAAUAAAUACUGCGCUGACCCAGAUGCUGAAGAUGCCUCCAAUAUUAUGAGAGUAAUUUCAAUAAAGAAUUAUCAUCCGAAGAUAAGAAUUAUCACUCAGAUGUUGCAGUAUCACAAUAAGGCCCAUCUGCUAAAUAUCCCAAGUUGGAACUGGAAAGAAGGGGAUGAUGCAAUCUGUCUUGCUGAGCUCAAGCUGGGUUUCAUAGCCCAGAGCUGCCUGGCACCAGGCCUUUCAACAAUGUUAGCCAACCUCUUCUCUAUGAGGUCAUUCAUAAAGAUUGAGGAGGAUACGUGGCAGAAAUACUACCUGGAAGGAGUUGCAAAUGAAAUGUAUACAGAAUAUCUGUCUAGUGCCUUUGUGGGUUUGUCCUUCCCUGCAGUUUGUGAACUGGUGUUUGCGAAACUAAAGCUCUUAAUGAUAGCCAUAGAAUACAAGUCGGAAAAACGCGAAAGCAGUAUAUUAAUCAAUCCUGGAAACCACGUCAAGAUUCAAGAAGGUACCUUAGGAUUCUUCAUUGCAAGUGAUGCCAAAGAAGUAAAAAGGGCAUAUUUUUACUGCAAGGCCUGUCAUGAUGACAUCACGGAUCCCAAAAGGAUAAAAAAAUGUGGCUGCAAACGGCAAGUAAAGAAUGCAGCUAGAUCAAGUUACCCAAAAUGCUCAUAUCAAUUCAAGAAUGCAACUACUAAUGCAUUGGUUGAUGCCAAGUCCACUGAAGGAAUCCUGGAACCUGUUCCACUUGUUAAUAACCGUAAAGGGAGCCUCUUCCUACCCAACAACCCCUCGCUGCUGCACCUUAACUUACUGAGUUCUGUCGAACAAGGAAAAUCUACGUACUGUAGAUUGCAAAGGGCACUCAGCUUACCUGUAAAAUACCGCUGCCACUCCCAAAAGCCUGGGUUGAACCAAGAUCUCCUUGAAGAUGAGCAGCCAUCGACACUAUCACCCAAAAAAAAGCAGCGAAACGGAGGCAUGAGAAAUUCACCCAACUCCUCACCCAAGCUGAUGAGGCAUGACCCCUUGUUAAUUCCUGGCAAUGAGCAGAUUGACAAUAUGGAUGCCAACGUGAAAAAAUAUGACUCUACAGGGAUGUUUCAUUGGUGUCCAGCCAAGGACAUUGAAAAGGUCAUUUUGACUCGAAGUGAAGCAGCGAUGACAGUUUUAAGUGGGCAUGUAGUCGUUUGCAUAUUUGGGGAUGUUAAAUCUGCUUUGAUUGGAUUAAGAAAUUUAGUGAUGCCAUUACGAGCCAGCAACUUUCACUACCAUGAACUCAAGCACAUUGUGUUUGUGGGUUCACUUGAAUACCUGAGAAGGGAAUGGGAGACACUGCAUAACUUCCCCAAGGUUUCAAUCUUGCCUGGUACGCCAUUAAGUCGGGCUGAUUUAAGGGCUGUCAACAUCAACCUCUGCGACAUGUGCGUUAUCCUGUCAGCCAAUCAGAAUAAUAUUGAUGAUGCUUCGCUGCAGGACAAGGAAUGCAUCUUGGCGUCACUCAACAUCAAAUCUAUGCAGUUUGAUGACAGCAUUGGGGUCUUGCAGGCUAAUUCCCAAGGCUUUACACCCCCUGGAAUGGAUAGGUCAUCUCCAGACAACAGUCCAGUCCAUGGCCUGUUACGUCAACCCUCCAUUACAACAGGAGCCAACAUCCCUAUUAUUACAGAGCUAGUGAAUGAUUCAAAUGUUCAGUUCUUGGACCAAGAUGAUGAUGAUGAUCCAGACACAGAACUGUAUCUCACACAGCCCUUUGCAUGUGGAACCGCGUUUGCUGUCAGUGUGCUGGACUCUCUCAUGAGCGCAACAUACUUCAAUGACAAUAUCCUCACACUGAUACGGACAUUGGUAACAGGAGGAGCCACACCAGAGCUGGAAGCACUGAUUGCUGAGGAAAAUGCAUUGAGAGGAGGUUACAGCACGCCCCAGACACUUGCAAACAGGGACAGGUGUCGAGUUGCUCAGCUGGCUUUGUAUGAUGGGCCGUUUGCAGACCUAGGGGAUGGAGGUUGUUAUGGAGAUCUAUUUUGUAAAGCACUGAAAACAUACAAUAUGCUUUGCUUUGGAAUUUAUCGAUUAAGGGAUGCACAUCUAAGCACUCCCAGCCAAUGCACUAAACGUUAUGUUAUCACAAACCCACCGUAUGAAUUUGAGCUUGUGCCGACAGACUUGAUCUUCUGUUUGAUGCAAUUUGACCACAAUGCUGGCCAGUCCCGAGCCAGUCUUUCUCAUUCCUCCCAUUCCUCCUAUUCUUCCAGCAAGAAGAGCUCAUCAGUUCACUCUAUCCCAUCAACAGCAAAUCGACCGAACCGCACCAAGACCAGGGAUUCCCGGGAAAAACAGAAUGCAACAAGGAUGAAUAGAAUGGGCCAAGCAGAAAAGAAAUGGUUUACAGAUGAGCCGGAUAAUGCCUAUCCCAGAAACAUUCAAAUCAAGCCCAUGAGCACUCACAUGGCCAAUCAGAUCAAUCAAUAUAAAUCAACAAGCAGCUUGAUACCACCAAUCCGAGAAGUUGAAGAUGAAUGUUGACUCCUUCGAGGCCAGAACUAUUUUUUUAAAGCCUGACAAACUUCAUGAAUGGUGAUGUGACAUUUAUUCCUCUUACAUGCUGAACCACUGAUGGAGAAGUUAAGAAGGGCAAGCUUAAUGGGAAACUGAAGUAGACAGAUCUUUGUUUGUCUGCCUUUAAUAUUGCUUCCACGUAUUUUGGAAACUAUUUCAUUUAUAAAUGAACAUAAUCAAAACUAGUAAUGUAUAGCCUCUAGCAUUUUAAAUUAUUUUUAUUUAUUAGAAAAAAAUAUAUUUUUUUCUUUUUUUUUCAUUGUCAAGUAUUUUCCCUUAAAAAAACCUGCAUGUGUGGCCAGACUCCUAAGAAUUAAAAAAAAAAAAACAAACAAACAAGAAACCCUCAGUCUUUGGCUUAAAGGAGAAUGAUGGUCACAGUUAUAAGGAUGUGUAAUUAAGGGAGGCAAAUGAUAUAUUUACAAAAAGGGAAAAAAAAAGGUCCAACUUGUAUUUUAGUAAAUCAAAAAAAAAAAAAAACAACCAAAAAAAAAUCACCCUACAACAAUUCACCAAAAUGUUUCUUUACUGGAAGAUGUGUAUUUUGUUCAGCAUCAACACCAGCUCUUAAUAAACUGAACUUAUUUAUUUUCAAAGUCGAAAGUCAUAUUUUUGUACAUGUAACAUUCUUCUGAAAUAUCCUUUGUUUUAUUAACAUACAUAGAUCAUCUUAAUUGCCAGUUAUGUGAGGGUCCAGUAACCCCCCACACGCACUGCACCCUGCCCUGUCUCACGUGCACACACACCCACAGAGAAACCCGGCAUCCUCAGUAACUUUCCGUAACACUGGCAUAGGGAAUGUCCCUGCCCUAAACCAAGGGCCGUGUAGAUAAGGUGCACUUGCUAUAAAUGGCAAAUCUGGCAAUCUCACUUCACUUCCCAUUAGCCAUCAGCAGUUGCUAAUUUCAGGAAGGCAGUUUUGGCAAUUCUUUUGCCAUGUAUUACAGUGCUUUCAUCCAGGCUGCAUAAAAUAGCGCAUGGAAGCAUAAGUUAUAAACUGUCUGAUCUACCAUAUUUUGUUACUUCUUUACUUCAAAAGUGCUGAUGGCCUUUCAUUGGUCUGAUUUGGUUCAAAUGCUUCCUGAUACAUAUAGAGAUUUAGCUCCAGCUCCUUGCACUUUGGUGAUAGCUCAUACCUUAGUAAAGGACACACUGAAUCUCCUUUUGGGGAAUUCAGAUCAAGAUAAAAACUGGUUUAGCCUCAGCUCUAUAAUCGUGCAACAUGCUGUCCUCAGUUAAUUCUUGCACCAAGCAACAUCUUAUUUUAGCAGUUGAUUUUUGGUUUUGUUUUUUUUUUAUCCCUCUAAUUUAUUUUCACUUUGCUGGGACACCACACAUAAAAGUACGGUAAUAACCAAAUCAAAAUAAUAAUGAAUGUAUUUAUUAUGAUAACAUGCAAAAGGCCUUUGAUAGGUGCCUUUUGUGUCAGCAGUUUCACAAAGUUGCCAACAAGCUUUAUAGCCAUCAGACAAAAAUGUGAUGUUUCAUAUCUGUGCUGCAGUACCUAUCCACCCAAGCAUUUAUGUUCUAAAUGAUUUAGUAACUCUCUCUAUCUCAAAGAAGCAACAUCUGACACAAUUGUAUGAAGAAAAACAAAAAGAAAAGGCUGUGGUAAUAAGGAAACAAAAACCAAAAACCCAAAACAGAGUCAUCAGGAAAGGAGGAUUUUCAUUGUGCAAGUUAACUUUAGGCUUUGUAAUUUUGCAGAAUUGUUAAACACCACAAUAAAACAUACUGUGGUAUUUUUAUCAGUAGAGAAAUAUCAGUGAAUCAAACAAAUACAAAGCAGAUGAUGAAUUUAUUGUGAAAACAAUGAUGUCCACUAUAUAAUCCAACAUUUAAGCCAAUCUAUUCAGCUUUAAUGUUUGUCCACUGGCUGCAGUACAAGUAUAACCAUACUAACACCUAAUAGGCUUUAUUCUGGAGUGACUUCUUGGACUGUGACUAUUUUGUUGUUACAUUUGUAGAAUAGCUAUUUAAAGACAAUAACAAGAAUUGUUAAUACAGUAUCUGUAAAAUUGGAUUGUUUAAAAUAUUUCACUCUCCUCCUACAAAGUAAAAAAACAGUUCAAGCAGUUUUUCAUAAUUAUUUAGACCAUGUUUAACACAUUUCACAGUCCCCAAAAGAGAAGAUAAUUCCAGUGAGUUCUUCCGAUCUACGCUGCGUCAGCCUAGUGACACAUUAUAAUUUACAUCUAGUUUCUGCGUUGGGUCAUGUUAAGCCUUUUCUUUGAAGUCAGUGCUCCUUUUUCAUUUAUGAACUGCAUAUUAUAACCAGAAUGGAAAAGCUGGUCCUGAGUACAGGUGAAUUUUAGAAAUUUGUGCUCAACCUCACCAAGUACAUAUGAUUUCUUUUUUUUUUUUUUCUUAGAAGACUGGUGUUUACUGUAGAGGCAUAGAACAUUAUAUCUUAUACUUUAUCAUACACAGUGCCAUUUCUGAGUGUCUUUCCUUCAGAAGUGAGCAUUCCCUGGAUAAAACAUACUAGUGAAACAAAUACAACACUCCUACAUAGCUAAGGUGUGUGUGUCUCUGUCCAGUUUAACUGUCACACCCAGAAAUACCACACUACCAACUGUAUAUAAAUAAAGGACAAAAUCUGAACACACUCACGGACUCUCCUGGCACAGCCAGUUCCAUAUGUAGUGAUGGAUAGAACACCAACUGUAGAGAGCAAACAAGACAGAGAGAAACAGGUAGAGUUAUGAUUUUACAUUUCCCCUUUACAGAAAAGCUAAAAACAAUAGUCUUUUCCAACUCCUAUUUUUGAUGAUCAAAGAUGCAGGAUUGACUUCUGGCAAUUAGAUGGAAGAACAUGUAGAAAACCUAUUGGAGAUCUUUGAUAUUCAGCCACUAAAAACUACAAUAAGGCCAGCAUCAAUAUGUGGAUAUAUGAAGUUACAUUAAAGCUGGGAAAAGGCUGGGAAAGGGGCCUAAGUGACAGCUGACAGACCACACAACGACUGAUGUAGAGAUAAGUUCUUGAUUUUUAUUAAUAAUUCUUAAUCCUUUCUGAAAAGGCAAAAAGAAAAGGGCAGGGUGAGAGGAAUUUCGAGUUUUUCAAUAAUUGCAUGCACAAUUGAUACAGGUUAUACAAUUUUUUUUCGGUAACUCCUAUUGGAUAGAUAGUGUGUCUGUGUCUGUGUGUGUGUUUGCAUAUAUGCAUGUCCAUACAUACACAUAUAUGUAGACAUACACACAUAUACAUGAGGGUAUAUAUGUAUUUGAUUGAGUCAUCAUAUGAGGGUGGACAUCAUUUUUAUUGUCCAUGCAUUGAGGCGAAGAAAGACACAAAAAAAAGAAAAUAUGUGGAUAACAGGGUAGCACAUGAAGGAGUUGUAUCUGCUGUUUUCUCCUGGUUUGACCAAAAAGCAGCCAUUCUUGUUAGUUUUAUGAGGGAUGCACCGUAAGUUCACUGCAGAACACACCUCCCUCCACUGCUGCAGCAGGCACGUGCUCCUCACACCCAUACACUUGCACAUUGCCAGAAAGUCUGCUCUCUCUCUCUAUGUCAUGGCUGUUAUUUUAAUUUGUCCCCAUGAAGCACUAAGAUUAAAGGAUAAAACUGUCCUCUAAUAGAUUUGGUGGCAAGUGCCAAGCACAGCAAAAGUUAAGCUAUAAAGAAGAUAUUCAUAGUCUAAAUGCAAUUUUUUUAAGGCUUCUAUCUGAUUGCCUUACUGCUGUAAGAAAUGUAAACAUUUCCUUGUAGUUUUUGAAUAUGUACUAAAACUGUCACUGCCAUCUUAACAGCUUGUCUUUCAAAUCAGCAUCAAUGGCCAAACAGUAGGAAAUACAUGUGACAGAAAGUACAGACCCCUUGAUCUGGGCCAGGUAUGGUCACUUGGAUAUGAAAAGACUUAAUUGGCCUCAGCAAAUGUGGAAAAGGGCAAAUGUAAAUUGCAUGCACUGUACAAGGGACACUACAAAUCAUUUUUGUUGUUGGGUGGUGGUGAGUAUUAUUGUUGGCUAUUUUUGGCCUGUGUAAGGAAGAUUUCACAUUUCUUGAUCUCUUCAUAUAGUAGGAGAAGGAGAAAGUGCAAUAGUGUAUUCUCAUUCAGGGAGGACUGGUUUUGUUGGGGUGUGGGUGUGAGUGUGUGUGUUUCUGUGUAAACUACAUCUAACAUCUACUGCAAUAAUUGGGUGCAUAAACUAAUGCAUGACAAAAAAGCAAUAAUUUACAAAUGGGUUAUUAUUCAUGUUAUCACUGCUUGAUCACUCAUCAGCCAAUUCAUAAUCAUGUUAGCAACUGCCCUGGUCUAGCUGACUCACAUGGCUCAAGCUCAAACACUGAGCAGGUGCUUAAAUUAUUUUAUCCAGAAGUGAAUUCCUAAGGGCUCCUGGAUCCCAAUGUAUUUGAAAUGAACACAAAUUGAGUUCGAGGUGUGUGUGUGUAUGUGUGUUAUUUUUUUUUUUUACAGCUGUUAUCAUUGUGAAUUUCUUUAGCACCAAAAGAAGUGUGUAUCUCACCUUUCAUUUCUAGUUUUAAAUGUGCUUAAACAAAAUAACCAAGUGUGUGAAAGGCGAUGAACAAGACAAAGUGAAAACAGAAAUCUGUUCCCUGUGUUACAGUGGUUUAGUCUGGGAAUAUCUGUCAAAAUCAAUGGCAAAUGCAUAAAAAAAUUCAGGGGAAAGGAAUACUCUUUAUAUUCUUUCUGUUGCUUUCCAUUCUGUGCCAUCUGAACCAACGAAAUCCCCAACAUACAAACAAGCACAUUUUUAAUUUAGUUUGUUUUUUAAUUCUAAAGAUGCUUGAACAAUCACAGGCUUAAGGGAAGUUUUUUUUGAAAACUCAUUAUAUAUACACACCAGGUGUUCUAAUAUUCCAUUAGUAGGCCUAAUAUUUAUAGUAUUUUCAUGCUGAGCAAUAGUAGUGGGUGUGGGUUACAGCCCCCAUCUGAAAUAAUGAAAGGAAUGGAGUAGCUGUUCUGCUGUGGUCACUGCCUAGGAAGGUACAUAGGCCUAUAGUAUUGAUAAGUCUGUCUCAGCAUUUAUCAAAGCUAUAUUUAUACAAGUAAUGUAUCUUCUUCUGCACAGAUUUUCUCUGCUAUAGAACAUGCUGCCACACUGAAACUGUAUAGUCUCUGUGCAGUAGUCUAUAUAACCAAGUAAUUCACUGAAGUGAAUAGCUAGGACUGCUGGUCUAAUUUAUCUGUUCUAUACAAUGGUGUGUUACUGUUAAAAUGAGAAGGAGUAAGGAAAAUGAAGAAAAUAGAAAAUAUAAGGUGUUUCUUUUAUUACUUUGGGUAUAAUUUAGAACAAUAAUUUAAGAAGCUAAACACAGUAAUGCUGCACCUAACUAGAACCUUAAUGAGGUUGAAAGAAGGCUUCUUACUGCUUCAGUCAAUGUAUCUUAGAGGAGAUCUCUAUAACUUAAAAAAACAAAAACAAAAACCACAAAAAAACAACCCAGAACACAGCAUAUAGGCAGUUGAAUACCUGUAAUAGAAAACAUAGAUUUUUCAGAAACAAAAAAUGUUUUGUUGACUGGACAAUAACUAACAGGAACCACAUUAAAGUGUCAGCAGAAGUUAUAAUCAGUUAAAAAAUGCCGCUUCUGCCAUGGUGUAGCUUGGGACACAUGAGCUUAGCCAAUGCAAAUAACCUAACUUCUGGGGGAAAAAAAAUGAUAUAACUCUAACUUUCACAUUUUUGUAGAGUUCAAGACUGAUGAAGUAAUUUUCUUCCUUCAGGAAAACACACACAUGUCAACACAUAUAUACAAUAUAUUUUAAUUGUUUCAUAUGUCUAGUUAUAGUUUGGGAGUGAGGAUGCAAGGGGGUACAUUGAGAACCAGCUACCAUUUUAAGGUAAAAGUUCAUCAAGAAAAAGGAGUAUGACUUCAUCAUUUUACUUUUACCAUUAUGGGUUGGUGAGAGAGAACAAAUGCUGGUGCUCAGAAAUGAUCUACCUGACUUUGUCAUAUGUAAUAUCCAGUGAUAAAAAUAUUGUCCUGUAAAAAGGGUUUGUACAUAACUUGUACAUGGUUUCAUUUUGUAUUUUUCUCAGAUUAAAAUUUAUGUAUUUGUGUUCUAAAA